AUGGAUUCUUCAAUGGCAAGUGUUGGUGGCUCUGGUGAUGAAGGCUCUGACAACUUCAACCAGGGAAGAAGACCCUCCUACAAACGUCUCACUUCUGCUCAAACAGCCAGACUUGAAAGAUUCAUCAAGGAUUGCCCACACCCCGACGAAGCCCAACGACGUCAAUUAGCUUCUGAGAUUGGGCUUGAGACUAAACAAGUAAAGUUUUGGUUUCAGAAUAAGAGGACCCAAAUCAAGCAUGAGAAAGUGUCUAGCCUUCUUGCAAGGUACUUGGAGAAACAAAUGUCACCGCCUGAGUUCCAACAGGUUUUUAAUAUUCCUAUCAUAGGAUCAAGUUCACAUGCUCCAAAACUUGAAAAUUCAUCACUAAACUAUGAAAUUGGUGGAAGUUCAAGUCAUGGUCCAAGUCUUUAUGGUAUGCAAAUUAUGGAUGGUCAUGACCAUAACUUAAUGGGAAGUGAAGGUAUAGAGAAGACCCUGAUGUUGAAGGUUGCUGCUUCCGCAAUGGAGGAAUUGGUUAGGCUUAUUCGGAUUAAUGAGCCCUGUUGGAUCAAGUCUUCAACUCAAGAUGGACAGCUCAUUCUUCAGCAUGAAAAUUAUGAGAAAAUGUUCCCAAGGACCAAUAAUUUCAAAGGUGUCAAUCUGCGUGUAGAAGCAACAAAAGAUUCAGGAAUAGUGAGCAUUAAUAGCAUUCAACUAGUUGACAUGUUUCUGGAUUCGGACAAAUGGAUUAAUUUGUUCCCAACAAUUGUUACAAAAGCAAAAACAAUAAAGGUACUUGAAAAUGGUUUGGUAGGAAGUCGAAGUGGAGCCUUGCAGCUGAUGUUUGAACAAAUGCAUGUUCUUUCACCUUUGGUGCAACCUCGCGAGUUUCAAUUCCUUCGCUAUUGUGAGCAAAUUGAAGAAGGUGUAUGGGUGAUAGCAGAUGUGUCAUUUGAUUCCUUUCGACAAAAAACCUCUUUUUUUCACUCUUGGAGACAUCCCUCUGGAUGCAUGAUUCAAGAAAUGCCUAAUGGUUGUUCCAUGGUUACUUGGGUUGAACAUGUGGAAGUGGAUGAUAAGAUCCAAACUCAUCAGCUAUACAAAGACCUUAUUGGUACAGGAAUUGCAUACGGAACAGAAAGAUGGAUUAUGGAACUUCAAAGAAUUGGCGAGAGAUUUGCUUGCUUUUAUGUUGAAAGGAUACCUAUUCAAGACUCUGGAGGAGUGAUCAAUUCUCUUGAAGGAAGGAGGAGUGUGAUGAAUUUUUGUCAUCGUAUGAUCAAAGUCUUUUGUGAAAGUUUAACCAUGUCAGGUAACUUGGACUUCCCACUUUUGAAAAUGGAGAACAAUAGCGGGGUGAGGGUUUCUAUUCGCAAAAACAGAAACCACCUUGGUCAACCAAAGGGCGUGAUUGUUGUAGCUGCUACCUCCAUUUGGCUUCCUCUCCAUUAUAUGAAAGUUUUUGAGUUCUUGACAGAUGAUAGAAGACGUGCUCAGUGGGAUGUUCUUUGCUGUGGAAAUAACGCGAACAAGGUUGCACACAUCUCAAAUGGAAUUCAUCCUGGCAAUUGCAUAUCUAUUUCUCGGCCAUUCAUCCCUAGCGAGAACAAUGCACUGAUUCUUCAAGAGAGUUUCACAACUCCCAUGGGAUCGUAUGUUGUAUAUGCUCCAACCGACGUAGCAAGUAUGAUUUCGGCCAUAAACGGAGAAGACUCUUCAAUGCUACCAGUUCUUCCAUCAGGUUUUGUCAUCUCUGCAGAUGGUGAACCAAAUGCAGCUUUGGAAGCAUUUAACAGUUCAGAUAUUGAAAGAUUAGGAGGCUCAUUGCUGACUGUGGCUUUCCAAAUACUUGCUUCAAGUCCAGAUGGAAUCAAUAUGCCAAACAUGGAAUCUGUGGCAGCUGUGAACUCCCUUUUAACCUCAACAAUCCUAAAAGUCAAGGAUGCUUUGAAUUGCAACAACUUGGAGUGA